UGGCAGUGUCCGAUUUCCGUCAUGUAACUUGUUGACGUCGCCCUCGCGUCAAUCUAUUAAAAACAGGGCCACAAAAAGAGGCCAGACUAAACACAAUGGCGGCUUUCGUCCUUCUGCUCCCGUUGAUUUUCAUAGCAACAAUUAAUUCAGAAUGUCUCCACGAAGGGGUUAUACAGCAUGGAAGCUACCGCACUAUAGAAGGCCCAGAUCUCAACACAGGUCAACGAACUGUUGAGGUAUUGUGCAACGCUGGAUAUGAUUUGAAUGGCCAAUCACAGAAUAGAUUGUGUGACAUUACAGAUGAAUGGAUUGAUUCGGAACCAAUAUGUGUUGAUGUUGACGAAUGUGGUGAUGACAACUCCUACUAUUACAACAGUGAAAGUGAUCAGGCAUAUUUUGAGUAUCCCUGCCACGAAUUAGCUUUUUGUAGGAAUACGCAAGGUUCUUUUAUAUGUUUUUGUCCACCUGGUUAUCAAGGAGAUGGAAUAACAUCAUGUGAAAGACAUUCUUGUCCUGAUUUGGAAGCACCUCCCCAUGGCACUGUGAGGAUAGUGAACAAUUUAAGGGCAUAUUUCACCUGUGAAGAAGAGUAUACCCUUUAUGGAUCCAACCUGAGAGUGUGUAGGCAUGGCAACUGGACAGGACGACAACCGUUUUGCCAAAUUAUGAUUGUUGGUUGUGGUGAUCCUGGCGAAAUUGAGAACGGUCAAAAGCAUGGGACACUUUACGACAUUGAUAAUUUCGUCAGAUAUGUAUGCAAUGAAGGCUAUGAACGUGUUGGUCCGUCAAGACGGGAUUGUUUGCCGAAUGGUUAUUGGUCCGGAUAUCAGCCUCACUGUAAAUUACCAAGCGACUUAAAUGAUAUAGCCUCUACAAUCCGACAGGAGUUUAUUGAUAAAUUUGAAUUCUAUACUGUAUCCAGUCAAGGUCACCGGUCGCUGGGAAGAUUAUCGGUUGGCGGUAGCCUUGGAUUAGAUCUAGUGUUUGCAUUUGAUUGCUCCUCUAGUAUUGAUCCCGUUGAUUUCAAUCGUGGUAUGAUAUUUUCUAGACACAUUGUGCGGGAAUUUGGUGUUUCUUAUGAACCAGGUGGUACACGUGUUGCUGCAAUAUCAUUUGCUUCUGUCGCUACAUUAGAAUUCAACUUGGGAGAUGAUAUUGUUAAUACGACUGAAAAAGCGAUAGAACAACUACAAGUAAUACAGGCAUCUGGUGGUGGCACUGCUAUGAAAGAAGCGUUUGAAAUAAUGUUCAGUGAAGUAGUGCCUAGACUACGCCCAGAAUCUAAAAAGGCUAUGUUCAUAAUAACCGAUGGGAAAUCCAAUUCAGGCAGUCCAAUUUCUUAUGCCCAACGUCUUCGGGAUCGGAAUGAGCAUGCUUUUGAAAUUUUCGCUAUUGGCAUUGGUAAUGGAGUUGAUCGCAAUGAACUGAAGAAAAUUGCAUCUGAGCCAUUUACAAGUCACGUAUUUUUAAUAAGACAAUAUGAAGAUUUGACAACACUGACGGAUAUUAUUUCAGAGAAAAGGACAAAUUACACACGGUGUGGUAUUGCUGGAAAUAUUGAGGUACAGCCAGGUAAUGCUCGCAUCGUUGGUGGCGAUGAAGCCAAUCCCGGUGCAUGGCCAUGGACAGUAGCAUUGUACCAGAAUCAUAAAACUCGGAAUACUAUUUUUGUUUGUGGUGGAACUUUGAUUUGCAAAAACUGGGUUAUGACAGCAGCACAUUGCUUGGAACGGAGAGGUAGACUAUUGCCACCAGCAAAGCUUUUUGUUCGACUAGGAGAGCAUGAACGUGCCAAAGAUGAAGGUUUUGAACAGACCAUCCCUAUUGCAGAUUAUAUAGUGCACCCUAACUAUAAUGGCGAAACAUAUGACUAUAAUAUUGCAUUAUUGAAAUUAGAAGAACCAGCUCAACUUGUCAGCUAUGUGCAGACACUAUGUCUCCCAAAUGAGGACGACUUAUUCAUAGCACGUCCGAAUACGUAUAAUUGUUAUGUAGCUGGAUGGGGAGCUUCAAACCAGGCUGAGAGUAAUGUUGAUGCUGGUAACCCGUCAUUGGUACUAGGUCAAAUACAGUUACCGAUUAUAGCAACCCAAACGUGUCGGGAAACUACGCAUCGUGUAAUAACAGAUAGAAUGUUAUGUGCGGGAUACAGAUUCAAACCACGGGAUGCUUGCCGAGAAGAUUCCGGUGGUGCAUUGAUGUGUAGACGGAAUGAUGACACAUUCACGGCUAUUGGUGUGGUUUCAUGGGGUGAGGGAUGCGGUGAACUAAAUAAUUAUGGUAUCUAUACCAAUGUUUUGAAGUUUGUUGACUGGAUCAAUGAAAAUACUGAAAGCUGUAACACAAUUCAUCAACGACCAAAUGAAAAUAUUGCUCAGGAAGAAGAGAAGUGACCGAUCCUAUAAUAAUGUUAUAACUACAGCCUUCUUCAGGAUUCAGAAUUCCCUGAUCAUCCAUUAAAUAUUAACCAGAACAUAUAUUGUUAUUAAGGUUAUCUGUAUUGGCCAUACGGUGCAGUUUUAAUUGACCUUAUUUGCAAAUGCUAACCGAGAUAUCGCUGAGAGCGAGAGAGACGCAAGUAUAAUACCAGCUGACGUUAGAAUUGAACACUGUUUGCUGUGGGGAGGUGGGUCUUGUGGUUCUCGCGCACUAAGCGAGAUCUCAGCGGCCAUUACCGUCUUACUAUACAUUUAUUUCGUUUGUGAAAAGAGGUUACAAUAUUUUCGGUCAUCAAGAAAAUGCAGUUUUCUGCAGAGAUCGGUUUUGCAUCACGUUGAAUGUGUGCUGCAUUUUAGGUAUCCAUGUUCAAUGUCAAAGUUUACGAAAUGUUUGCAGAAUAUGCCAAACGUAUUUUGCAUUAAUUCUGACUUGGAAGACAAAUAACACAAAUAUGUCACAGUGGAAUCAAUGUGUAUGUACAUUGUCAACAUCCAGUGUAUUAAGCAAUCGUAAAAGUCAUUCAAUGAAGCCACAUUUCUUUUGCAUCAACAUAGCAACCAACGACUCUAUCAGUUGUUUUAAUAAUAGCAAUAUUAGACACUGUACAACUUAUUCAAUAUUCGUUGUAGUAUUUUAUUUCAUAUAAGCAGCAUAAGAUAGGACAUGUUGGUUUAUUUCAAGAUAUUCACUCAUAAGUGUGUUAUUCCACAAUCAAAUAUGUUUAUGCAUAUCGUUGUACUUUACUCAAGAUAAUCAGUUUAUAUGCUUAGAAAUAUAAUCUUAUUGAUUAUAUAUUGUUUUUGAAAAUAUAUUAUGGCAUCAAUAAAUUGAUAACAAGAUAGGAAUGAAAACA